AAGCAGCUGAGCGAGAGCUAGUCCGAACCCCUGCACAAGAAUUAACUGUAUGGUUAACAUUAUGAGUGCAAGAAGGAAAAUAUUACAUUAAAUAUAAUACUUUUCUUAUAGUUAAAACAUAGAAAUAUAUGAAUUUAGCUGGAGUGUCCGGAAAAUGUAAGAAAUCAUUAAACAUACUUUUAUUUACUGUGGUGGAAGACAAACACUGUGUGUGUUUGAUGGAGGAGAUCCAAGAACUGUGCUAAGAUUUGGAACCAAGAUGUUGUACUGAAGCACUGUCAACACACAUCAACAAGAUGUGUUUCACCAUAACAACAUUGGAUGAGUCAGGGGCAAAUAUUAUGAACUUUGAUCCAUGCUACCUUCAAAAUUUCUGAUGUCAUUGAGUGAAGAAAUGUUUCAACUAGAAAUUUAGUGACAACCCCUGGAUUUUGGAAGUGUGUUUACAUGUACAGGUUUUAAAUUUUCAAUAAAUCAACAAAAUUGAAAAAUAAAAUUACGAAUUAUAUUCUUGUAAUAUAUGAAGAUAUUUAGAAUAAUUUUAUAUUUAAUGGAAACAAUUGAAAACCAUAUGCAGCUCAAGGUAUUGCAAGAAAUGCUAUGACCUUUAGAAAUGUGAUACUGUACAUGUUAUUAAUUGAAACCUCACAAAUUUGUGCCAAAGGUACAGUAGCUAUAGCUUCCAUGUGUUUCUUAGUAAUGAGAUGGUAACACAGCACUGAAAGAUUUGGUGAAGAAUGUCCCAUGGUACUAUCUCCCAAAGAACCAUGGAGUCACUUGGUGUCCCAAAUAUCGAUGGUGGUGGCCACUACAUACGGACAAUUGAAUGGGAUAUGAUGAACAAAUACAAGUUUUUUCCAUUGUCCAUGCUGAGCUCCUUUUCAGUAAGAUGUAUGCUCUACCCAUUCACCGUCAUCAAGACACGUAUCCAAAUUCAGAGGCACUCUGAAAUUUAUAAGGGCACAUUUGAUGCAUUCCAGAAGAUAUUCAAAUAUGAAGGUUUUGGUGGUCUGUACAAAGGUUUCUGGGUGAGUGCCUUUCAGUUAGUCUCAGGGAUCUUUUACAUUACCACCUAUGAGAAUGUGCGUCAAUUCCUGCAGCAGCGAGGUGUACAAGACUCCCGGAUUCGAGCAUUAAUUGGGGGUGGAUGUGCUUCCCUAGUUGGCCAGACCAUCAUUGUUCCUUUUGAUGUUAUUUCACAACAUAUGAUGGUGUUAGGGCAAUUGGAAGGUCGAGGAAAAUCAAAGGCUGUCGUCAACCCACUCAACAUUGAUUACCAAGGCCAACGAAAACCACAGAUUGCACUUGACAUAGUAAGAACUCUAUAUAAAAAGGAUGGUUUACGAGGAUUUUACCGAGGCUACAUGGCAUCUAUAAGUGCUUAUGUCCCUAACUCUGCACUAUGGUGGUCAUUUUACCACUUUUAUCAAGAGCAGCUAGCUCGCAUUUCUCCUGAAGGGACGUCAACUUUGCUGUUGCAGUGCAUUGCAGCUCCACUUGGAGGAGUUACAACUGUACUACUCACAAAUCCUCUAGAUAUUGUGAGGGCCAGAUUGCAGGUGCAGAGAACAGGAGGUUUUGGACACACCUUUCGAAUUUUGUGGUCAGAAGAACAACUGGGGGUCUUCACAAAGGGUCUGUCUCCUCGUCUGUUCCAGUCGGUUAUCUUCUCAUUUACCAUCAUCCUUGGCUAUGAAUCAGUCAAGAGGUUUUCUGUCAAUGAUGAAUAUAAGAAAGAAGUCAAGUGGUGAUAGGAAAUUUUUUUUUUUAUAUAAUUUUGUAAUCAACAUGAUAAAGGUAAAGAUAUUUAGCUUGACAAUUUUUUUUUAGUGCUAUAGUUAAUAAAGUCAUUCAACUUAUCUUAGUCUCCCCUUUUGUUGCUAAUUAUAAAGCUGAGUGAAUUUAGGUACAAUGUGUUAUAUUUGACCUCCAAUAAUAUUGUUUGUAUUAUUUAUGAAUUAUGGUUUGUAUGAUAUUUUUGUGUAUUGCAAGAUGAAAUUUGAGAUAGUUUUAAUCAUAAAGCAUUGUCUAUUUACAAUAGAGUGAACAUGAUGAACUUACAACUUGUAAUCUUUUUGAAUGUCAUAAUAUUGAUAUAUCUGUACUCAAUUUUGUUAAAUUGGUUGGAUUCAUAGAAUAAAAUAUUUAUAUACAUAUGAUUACA